UCUUCUCUGCUCCCGAGGACCGUCUCCGGAAGGCCAUGACUCCUGGGGCAGCUCCUUGCCGCGGGUAACUGGAGACUGAGGCAAAGUGGGGCCUCGGCUUUCUGCAGCUCUGUAGGCAUCUCACACCGUCCCAGUGAUGAUGGACUCCUCGGUGGCCGACCAGAUGACCCGACUGACCCUCAAGCUACUGGAACAGAAGCUGGAGCAAGAGCGAGAAAGCGUGGACAAGUCAGAACACUGGGACAGGCCAGACACUGCCCUGCAGAGCGCUCUGCGGAGAAGAAAGGACCUUCUGCAGAGACUCUGGGAACAGCAGCUGAUGGACGAGUACCGCCCAGCUCAUGCCUGGAGGGAGCCUCAUAAAAGAGCCCCCAUGCCAGCUCUUCACCCAGAUGUGCCGCCUGCAGGCAUCUUUCCAGCUGCCUCCUCAACUCCACCCCUGCCCUCAGAGCCACCAAGAAUCAUCCAGCAUCCGAUUCCCCAGCCUCCGGCCACCAUCAUUCAGCAGCUACCUCAGCAGCCACUGAUUGCACAGAUCUCUCCUCAGGCCUUUCCCACUCAGAGGUCAGGAAGUAUUAAGGAAGACAUGGUGGAGAUGAUGCUAAUGCAGAACGCGCAGAUGCACCAGAUUCUCAUGCAGAACAUGAUGCUCAAAGCCCUGCCGCCUGGGUUCCAGGGACCCCACCCUUCCCUGCAGGAUCCCCGGUGGGCACGCCUUGGCACGCUGAGAGCUGAGAGGCAGAAGCCAUCUCCAGUACACCAUCACCACCACUACGCGCCGCCUGCCUCGCUGCAGGCUGGCGCGGCGCCUGGCACCCCAGUUGGCUACUCCGGGUGGCUCCCGGUGGUCUCUGCCACUGCCCUCCCGCCCGUAGCUGGCUUUCUGCCCCCGGCGAACCACAUAACUGAUCCGACUGCAGCUCUGCCCGCCCUUAGCGCGGCUGCCUUGCAAGGUGUGCUGCCCCCUCAGGCUCCUGCUGUGUGAGAUCCCUUGGUCCAGCUUGGUUGGAGACAAGAUGUGUCCGAGUGGCCAGCUAGCCCUAUGUGGGCUUCCCUGGGAGCUGACCUGGCUCUCUGGUAUGCAUCCCAGAGAUGGCUGCAAUGCCCUGUGGACAGACAAGCCAAAGGCCUGCCCCCCAACAGGAGCUAAUGUCCUCUUCCCCGGAACCCUCUUCAGUGUGCCUUUGAGUGCGAGACUGUUCUUGUUAACAGCAUCAAUUAAAAGC